GAGAGCGAGAGAGAGAGAGAGAGAGAGACACACUGGUUGACAGUGAGCGAGGGAGGAAGCUGGGAGUGGUUGGACGUAUAAAAGACGACUUGUCUUCCUUCUUUCCGCAGUAGACGUCUCUCUUCCUCCUCUUCCUCAUACCUGACACUCUACCUGCACAGGAUGUCGUGGGAUCCUUACAUCGCAAGCCUGAUGGCAGCUACUGCAAAGGGGGCAAUUGUCACUUCAGACGCUGCGAUCUGUGGGAUUGAAUCUCUGACUGUGUGGUCCGCCACACCAGGCUACAAAUGCAUCUCUGCGGACGAGAUCCAGAUGCUGAUUGGUCCCAGGAACAAUUUCUCCAGCGGCGGCCCCAAAGUUGCUGGAAUAAAGACCAUGUUGCUGGUCGAUAAAAUGGAUGAUGACACGGCGUACUCCUUAAAUUUAAAAACCAUGUCAGAUGCUGAGGGCCUAAAAUACAAUUUGUGCGUUGGCAAAAGCAACAAAGCUCUGAUCAUCCUCAAGGGAGUGGUUGGUGAUGUUGGCGGGGAUCUUUCCACCAAGGUGCACUAUAUGGUUGAUUACCUAAAAAAGCGAAACAUGUAACACAAGAUGGCCGCCAACCCGUCCUGUACCCACCAAUCCUGAUGGCUACCACCCCCCAUGCAAGACGACAGCUGUCCUGCUUCUUUAGUGUUUAAUUCUCUGACCAUUUUCUGUCAUCAGGUCAAAAUAAAGUGUUUAUUCUCUGUGGUGAACCAGUGUGUGUGUGUGUGUGUGUGUGUGUGUAUUCCACCGGAACAGCUGACUACACACCUGAGCUGCCAGUGUUACUUUUUGUACAGUGUAGAUGGACCUGUGUCCAAUCACAAAACACACACCUGAAAAAUAAAGUUUUAUUACACCA